AUGGCUGACCCUCAAUGGAACCAACCUCAUCAGAUUGACAUCCUUAUCGGAGGACAGCACUAUUGGGAGUUGGUGUACGAUCAAACUAUUCAUUUGGGUUCAGGGCUCCCUAUCCUCAAGCGGAGUGCUUUCGGCUGGCUGGUUGUCGGACAAAUCGCUCCGAUUCCGACCAAUAGCUCAGUCACUCAAAACUGUAAUUUGACUACAUUGGAGAGUAUUGAUGCCACUCUCAAAAAAUUUCACGAAAUUGAGGAUUUGCCUAGUUGCGAUCGAAGACAGGAAGAGAAUGAUCUCGCUCAAAAAAUCUACAGUGAAACUGUAUCACGGGAUUCAAGUGGAAGGUUCAUUGUCCACCUACCGUUCACUGAUGAUGUUGAGAAUCUUGCUUCUAAUAGAUCUACUGCUGCAAAGCAAUUGUACAUUCUCGAGCAAAAACUCAAUGCUUCACCAAAUAUGAGAGCAAAGUAUGAGGAAAUUUUUGGAGAAUAUCUUUCUCUAGGGAUCAUUGAGAGGGUACCAACGGAAGAAUUGAGUCAAAAAUCUUAUUACUUACCGUACCAUGGAGUCUACAAAGAGAGUUCUCAAACAACUAAAUUACGAGUUGUCUUUAAUGGAAGUUCAAAGAGCAACAACAAUUUUAGUCUCAAUGACACUCUCCUAACUGGACCAACUGUCCAACCGUCACUUAUUGAGAUUUUUUGGAGAUUUCGUCUUCACCCAUAUGCAAUGACCUGCGAUAUUACAAAGAUGUAUCUCCAAUUCCUAAUCGCUCCUGAGCACAAAAACUACCAGCGAUUCUUGUUUCGUUCUGUCAAGGGAGGAAUUGUGGAGGAAUAUAGAUUCAGAACGUUGUGCUUUGGGAUUAAAUCUUCACCUUUUCUUGCCACAAGAUCUCUGGUGCAAUUAGCUGAGGAAGACGGAGAACAAUUUCCGGCAGCUCGGGAAGUACUGCUCAUAUCGUUUUAUGUCGAUGAUUGUCUGGUCUCAGCAGAAUCUGUAGAGAAACUCCAUUUGAUUCGAAAGGAGCUGACUGAUCUUCUUGAAAGGGCCCAACUUCAGUUGGCCAAAUGGACUUCAAACGUUCAGAAUCUUUCGGAUGAAGUUCAUCAGGAACCUAAGGAAGUGGUACCAGAUCAGCCAAAUGAAGGAUCAGUGAGUAUAUUGGGAUUGUGUUGGAGUCCAGAAGUUGACCAUCUCAGUUACAAAUAUUCUCCGGAGACAGAUAAUUCAAAUCCUACUAUGCGCAAAGUGUUUUCAAUUGCCUCUCGUAUAUACGACCCGUUGGGACUGAUAGGACCCUUUACCGUGAACGCGAAGCAGAUCAUGCAAACACUCUGGAGACUUAAGGGUAAAUGGGAUUCGCCAGUACAUGACGAAGUGAUCGAUGAUAGGAAUGCAUUUAUAAAGUCAAUGGAAUACAUUCCUAACAUUAAGAUACCUCGAUGGGUAUCAGAUUUUGCUCAAGUCACUAGGAGAGAACUACAUCUGUUCACAGAUGCCAGCUCAAAGGCGUAUGGCGCAGUGGUCUAUCUUGUGACGGAGGAUGCUUCAGGUGCCAGAUGUUCGCGAUUGCUCACGGCCAAGUCAAGAGUGGCACCACUGAAAGGAGCAACAAUUCCCAAGCUAGAAUUGUGCGCAGCAGAAUUGGGUUCCAUUCUUCUGAAGGCUGUACGCAAUGCUUUGCAAUGCGAAAUUUAUUUCUGUUGGACAGAUGCAACAAUUGUACUGUGCCAAAUUCAUGCUCCUGACAGGCGUGAACGAUUUGCAAAAAAUCGAUUGAAGAUCAUCCUUGAAAAUACUGUUUCUGAGAGAUGGAAUCAUGUGCCAACGAAAGAGAACCCGGCCGACAUUAUUUCUAGAGGAGUAACUGCUGAACAAUUGAUGGAACUGAAACUUUGGUGGAACGGUCCCGACUGGCUUCAGGAGAACUCUAAAUUUUGGCCUAAACUACCAGAAUUGAAGACUGUCAUGAUUUCUUCUAAAACUGUCGUUACAGGCCCCGGGAUCCGUGAGUACCUCAUGAAACAGUCUAACUCAUUUUCUUACAUUCGAAGGACAUUGGCAUGGGUGCUACGGUUUGUCUACAAUACAAGAGCCAAAGGCAAUUACUUAGCUGGACCAUUGCAGCCUGAAGAGCUACAGAAUGCUGAGGUACACCUGGUGAAAUUUGAACAAGAAGAAUUUCUACGGUACGACAUUCGGGUACUCGAAGGAGACAUACAAAAACCGCUAAGCAAGCCAUUGCGAAAUUUGGCACCCUUUCUGGAUGAAAAUGGAGUCAUUCGCGUCGGAGGACGCCUGGAGAAUGCGGAUCUCAACCGAGAAACGAAAAACCCCAUGAUUCUGCCAGGUGGCCCUCUAGCCAAGCGGAUUGUCAGUCAUGAACAUCACCGUAUGUGGCAUGCUGGACCCAGACUCAUCAUGAUGGGAUUGCGACGAAAAUACCACAGACGCCGUGUACAGAUCAACGACGAUGAUGUUCAAGUUUCUGUAAAGAAUCCACUGGAGCAAUGUGAUCUUUCCAAGAUCAAAGACUUCGUUAAUCUGGAAUAUCUGGAGAUCAUCAUAACAGUGGUACUGGUUAUCCUAAUUAUUGGGGUGAUGUAUCAUCUCUUCAGGAAAUGGAGAGCAAACAUCCAUAAAAGAGCUACUAGACAAGUGAUGCUGAGGACUCUUGGCAACAAAUCCAGGGAGUCACUAGCAGAGACUGCAGCAUAG